UCCUCUAUUUCCUGCCUGUAGCUGGGUCCUGUAUGGAAACCCGUGCAAGGCUGUCCCGGAGACCCCGCGCUGCCUGCACCUCUAUCGUCUCGGUUGACAUGGACGAUGAAGAUGGCAGGUGCCUGCUAGAUGUCAUUUGUGACCCAGAAGCACUCAACGAUUUUCUUCAUGGAUCAGAGAUUCAUCUGGACACUGACGACCUUUUGGAUGGCUCUAACGACCCCUCCAGCUCGUUCUUCUCUUCUGUUGGGUGUCAUGUUCCAGAGGUCCCACCCCCAGUCCUGCUGUCGUCCAAUGAGCAGCAAGGCCUGCCCCGGGUCAGCGUGGACCUGGACUUCCUGGAAGAUGACGUUAUCCUGGGCGGGUCGCCGGGCGACGACGACGGUAGCAACGGCAUCGGAGGCAAUGCCAUGGAGCCAUGUGACAUCCUACAACAGAGCCUACAGGAGGCUAACAUUACAGAGCAAAGCCUACAGGAGGCCGAGCUGGACCUGGGCUCCUUCGACCUCACCAUGCCAGGCCUGACUCAGGUGGUCCAGACCCUGCCCUGUACAGACAACCUGACUGGGCCUGGAGGGACCGCUGUAGGGGUGGGGCUCCCUAUUUUCCCUGGAGCUUCAGACUCCUCCGCCACCCCUCCCCAGGCCACAGCUGACAUGCUGGGCUCGGUGCUGGCCCAACAGGGCCUGGAGUUUGGGCCCCAGGUCAUGAACAAGGCCCAGGCCAUCAGUAUGCAGCCUUUCAUGCAGCAGGUGGCAGGCCUGGGUAACGUCACCCUUCAGCCAAUCUCCUCCCUCCAGGCUCUACCAAACGGCUGUCAGUCAGGACACCUGGGACUGGGGCAGAUACAGGUGAUGGGUCAGUCCACUGUGAUGACUAUGAACCAAUCAGGACAGCCUAUCCUGGCCAAGGGUAUGGGAGGAUACCAGCUGCACCAGCCUGGCCCCGAGGCACAGGGGGCAGGUGGGCAGGGCGGACUGGGAGGGGGACUUCUGAUCCAAGGGGGCAAAGCUACUCUGGGACCUCCUGCUUUAAAUGGCCCAGCGGUGUGUGGUGGCAGCAGUACCACCGGAGCCUUGGUUGGGUUCAGUAGCCCCGGACUGUCACAACACGCGCAGAACCUGAUCAUCCAGCGGACCCCGACCCCGAUCCAGCCCAAACCUCCCCAGGGGGGCGCAGCCAUCCAGCCCAAACCUCCCCAGGGGGGCGCAGCCAUCCAGCCCAAACUGUUUAAGCAGCAGCAGCAGCAGCAGCAGCAGCAGGCCCAGCCCCACGCCUUCCAGAAUGAAACCAACAAGGCUCUAGGGGUGCAGCAUGUCCCUGUAUCUACUGCCCAGAAUGUAGCCUUCCUCACAGGGAAGCCUGGCUCUAACGUGGUCCUGACUUCCCAGGCAGGGGUUUCCCAGCAGGCUCUGUUCAAACAGCAGACCGCCCACCACCCCUCUGGGAAAGCUCUCAGUGUCCACCUGCUCAACCAGCCCGGCAGCAUCAUGCUGGGAGGUCAGAACCACCAGUUCCUCCUGCCGCAGCAGCUAGCCGGGGGUCAGAUCCUCACGCAGCACCCUGGGGGCCACAUCAUCACCUCCCAGGGGCCUGGGGGCCAGCUGAUAGCCAAUCAGAUCCUGGCUCAGCACCAGAACAUCAACCUGGGCCAGGUGCUGAUGUCUCAGGGUCACAUCCAGCUGCAGCCCGGCCAGAUAGGGGUUGGACAUCAGCUUUUCCAGAUGCCCGUCACCCUCUCUCAGAACCAGACCCACCCGGUCACGGGUCACCAGGCCCACACGGUGAUCCAGGGCAUGCCCCUGCAGAACUCCCUGGCCAUGCUGAGCCAGGUGGAGGGUGUGAGUCCUGCUGUCAGCCUGCAGCCCGCUCUGCAGCCGCAGCCGGGGGGCGUUCCCAGCAGCGGGAUGGGCGGGGCGGCUGCCAUGGCACAGGGCCAGCCUGGGGAGGGUGGGAACUGUACGGACCAGGCAGCCCAUCCUGGACAACCCCCACAACACUCCUCCAUCCUCUCUAUGCAGGCUGGGCCCUCUGUCUCUGUGGCCGUCUCUGUCCCCUCGUCGUCUUCUCCGUCAGCCCAGCAGCAGCACAGUCCUGGGAGCAGGGUGGUCUUCACAGGGCCACAGGGCUCCAGCAUGAUCCUCAGCCAGGAACAACUCCAGAUGUUCCUUCAGCAGGACCAGCGACAGACAGAGAAUGACCCCGCCCCCUCUGUCUCAGUGGGCGUGCCAGCAUCCGUUAUCGUCAGCAGCUCUGGCCACACACCCUCGGGUCUUGACAGCCAAUUAGCUGAGGCAGCAGUGGUAAACCAGAUGCCCCAGGCGUCUGGACAGCAGUUGAAGCUCCAGAGCCUGUCUCCCUCCCAACCCCUGGCCUCCCACACUGCUCCCCCUCUGUCGGACAGCCCUCAGCCCUCCCCCUUCCCCCUGCAGUCCCCCCACCUCCACCUGCAGUCCCCCCACCACCAUGGCCAGUCCCGCACCCCAUCCCAGCCACAGACCCCCGUCCGCGCCUGCACCCCAUCAUCUCUUCCCCCAAUGUUCAUUAUCCACAACCAGAUCCCUGGCUCCCCCCAGCCUGCACCACAACAACAACAACAGAUCCACAUCCAGUCCCGGCCCCCCUCCCAGCCUGCUCCCUACCAACCUGAUGCAUGCUCCCCCAAACCCCCCCAGACUCUCCAGGGCCCUCCUGCAGGGUUCCAGUUCACGGUGCCCGAGGUGGGGGCCCCCGGUGGUGGAGUGGUGAAGGCCCAGGUCCCCCUGCAGCUCCAGGCUCAGCCCGUCGCUCAGCCCGUCGCUCAGCCCGUCGCUCAGCCCGUCGCUCAGCCCGUCGCUCAGCCCGUCGCUCAGCCCUCUCCACAACAGAAACUACACCAGGUCCAACAGAACAUUUUACUACAGGCCAAACAACAACAACAACAACACAGCCAACCCCAAACUCCGCCCCAACAACAGGCCCAGUUCAGCUCACAGCAGGAUGUACCUGCCCUUCUGAUCCCUCAACAGGCCCAGUUCAGCUCACAGCAGGAUGUGCCUGCCCUUCUGAUCCCUCAACAGGCCCAGUUCAGCUCACAGCAGGAUGUGCCUGCCCUUCUGAUCCCUCAACAGGCCCAGUUCAGCUCACAGCAGGAAGUGCCUGCCCUUCUGAUCCCUCAACAGGCCCAGUUCAGCUCACAGCAGGAUGUACCUGCCCUUCUGAUCCCCCAACAGGCCCAGUUCAGCUCACAGCAGGCGUCUGUGCUGGUCAAGACUCCUGCCACAGCAUCCAAUGACGUGCAGGUGUUCUCAGGAGUGCAGGGUCAAGGUGGAGUUGAGGUGAACCAAGGGGGCGUGGCUCCAGCUAGUUUUAACCAGUCAGGACAGCAGCCUGGUCAACAGUCUCUCCACCAGUCUGUACAGUCAAAACCUGAAGGACUGAUUGGCCAGAUGGGAGGGAGGAGCCUGGGGAUGAUCCAGGUGAUCGGGUCAGGUCUGGGUCAGAUGACGUCAACACAGCAGACCCAUGGUCUGGUCUCGUUACAAACACAGACUGCUACUAUGAAGAUUCCUUUCAGUAUUGCUGAACCCAGCAAGGAAGCCAGGAUGUUGGAGCAGCUGAGGAAACAGCAGGGUUCAGUCCUCCACCCAGACUACAGCUCUUCCUUCCAGUGUUUUGAAGACACCCUGACCCGCCUGGUGCCUUACCACCUCUACCAGGGCACUGCCACCACACCACACGACUACCACAGAGUGGAUGAAGAGUUUGAGAGUGUUUCCAGCCAGCUCCUCAAGAGAACGCAGGCCAUGCUGGAUAAAUACAGACACCUGCUUUUUGAGGAAUCAACGCGCCUUGGCCCGUCAGCUGAGAUGGUCAUGAUGGACAGGAUGUUUAUUCAGGAAGAGAAGAUCUCUCUGGGACAGGACCGCAUCCUCGCCAGGGACAGACCUGAGGAGUAUGUGGCCAACUCGAAGAUGCUGGAGCGGGAGAGUGGAGCUGCCAGCGUGCCCCAGUCUUUUGUGUCGGCUGAGCCCAGCGCCGCGUGGAGUCGUGUAUCUUCGACAGCGGCAGAUAAAGCCCCCGUCGCCCCCAUCGCAGCCUCAACACCGGCCCACUUCCCCUCCACCAAGCUGGUGAUAAAGCAGGGAGGAGCGGGGGCGUCUGUCUCCUGGUCCAGCUCCCCGGCUCCUGUAGCCAAGUCGGGGUCAGGGGUUAAACAGACAGCCGACACCAAGAGUCACGGUCCUCCGCCUCCUUCCUCCUCCAACUCCUCCUACCGCCCCUUCUCCUCUAACUCCUCCUACCGCCCCUCCUCUCGUCCAGCUGAUGACGACAAGGAUGAUGAUGAUGGUGAUUCUCUCCCCCAGAGGACCAGUAAACCUCCCAUGAAGACUUACGCCGCCCGCCCGCGCAUCGGCUUGAAGCUCAAGAUCAAACAGGAAGCGGGGUUUAGUAAGGUGGUGCACAACACCGCCCUCGAACUGGUCCACACACCAUCCACACCCCAGCCCCAAGCCCAACCACACCCUACCGCCCAGCCCCAAGCCCAACCACACCCUACCGCCCAACCACACCCUACCGCCCAGCCCCUAUCAGCCCAACCACUCCCUACCGCCCAACCACACCCUACCGCCCAGCCCCUAUCAGCCCAACCACACCCUACCGCCCAGCCCCUAUCAGCCCAACCACACCCUACCGCCCAGCCCCAAUCAGCCCAACCACUCCCUACCGCCCAGCCCCUAUCAGCACUGACACACCCUACCGCCCAGCCCCAAUCAGCACUGACACACCCAAAAGCCCGAGCCGUAGCAGCGCUCGCCACGCCUCCUUCUAUAUCUACUGUCAUUAGGACUCCACCCCUUACCUGUAAUGCCACUUCCUCGGCGACGGUCUCCAUAGCAACCACACAGGCGACCCCAAGCCCCCAGAGAGUCGCAGCCCCCCCACCCUCCUCCUCUUCCUAUCACCCUUGGUCUUCGUCAUCAACGACAACGCCGUCCUCGUCCUCCUUCACUGCUCAGAUGAACGGAACGUUAGAACAUCACAAUGUGGGUGGAGUCGAGCGUAACCCCGCCUCCACGGUCACGCCUCCUCAGACCACCUGCCGCCUGCCGCUCCGGAAGACUUACCGGGAGAACAUCAGCCCGCGCGUCCGACCGGGCGUACCGGGAGGAGGAGGAGACAGUGUCCCGUACCCCCGUCCCUCCCCCUCACCCCCCAAAUCUCCCCUCCCACCCCCUUCCUCCUCCUCCUCACCCUCUUCCCUCUCGGAGCGGACAGUGAUCGCCAACGUGAAGCUGGAGAAGAGAGGAGGCAGCUCCAGGGAGGCGGGCUCCCACCCCAACACAGAGCCCAGCCGAGAGGCUCCGAGGCUGGGCAACUCCACCACUUCCUCCCCUGGCUUAGUGCAAGGUCUGGAGCACGUGGAGGUGUUGUACCGCGGAAUCAAAAACACAAACACACACCCUCACCUCUCAGACAGAAGCAGAGACAGUGAGGGGGAGCAGGGGGACAGAGGGGCGGACAUGGGGAGGUAUAAGAGGGUGAGUAGUAAAAAACAUCAGAGGUCAGGGAGUGGAACGUUCAGAAUGGACCAGCAUGCCCCUGGGCCCCCGUCCUCCUCGCCAGAUGCUUCCUGUUACAGAGACUCAUCACUUCCUGCUAAACGCUGUAAGUCGGACUCUCCCGACAUGGACAACGCCUCCUUCUCCUCCGGAUCCCCGCCACACGAUGAGUCUCUUAACGAGCACCUGCAGUGUGCUAUCGACUCCAUCCUCAACCUGCAGGGCCAGACCCAGGGGCCCACGGCGCGCGGGGCCAAAGGGGGCUCCGCCAGGCCACACCACAGCCAGCGGGCCACGGGCCCCCAGUCCUCCUCAAACACACACAGACCCUCAGUCUCCUCCUCUUCCUCAUCCUCCUCCUCUUCUCAGGUUGGAGGUAGAGGACGCAACGGCGGCCUGGUGCCACAGACUCAAGGCAGAUAACACACACACACACACACACACACACACACACGCACGCACACACACACACACACACACACGGGACAGUAGAGACUGAAGAGGAGGAGAGGCGGACAAAGAAGUCUCACUGUGCUCUGAUAAACUGUUUGUCCAUCUGAAUGUUGUCUUAAUUUACAACAUGACCCAAUGUUCACAGUCACACCGUGGAUGAAUGGUGAUGAUUUCUCUCUCUCUCUCUCUCUGUAAAAAGGUAUCACGCUUUACUCUGGAAGUCUGCUCUCUCUACCACGCUCAAACAUUCAUUACAAUAAUUAGUCUUCAGGUUUGUCAUUCACACGCUGUGUUCCAUUACAUUCCUUAGUUCAUCAUGUUAGAAUGUGUCUGUCUGUCUGUUCUGUCUGUCUGUCUGUCUGUCUGUCUGUCUGUCUGUCUGUCUGUCUGUCUGUCUGUCUGUCUGUCUGUCUGUCUGU